UAGGCUCCAUGCCCUAAUCUCGCAACCGAGGCGCUUCGGUCAGCCAGCUAUGCCGUCGUUGCCGUCUCUCACCUAGCUUUAGGGAUUCAAGAUGCGUGCUACCAACCCUAGGCCUUUCGUGGGCUCAUUUUUGGCGUGGAUCUGGUGGUAAUCUGGAAAAGAGCAGAUCGCCGUUGCGAGCCUGACGGUUAAUUCACUGUACCAUGACGUAGACCGCUGACGAGAGCCAUGCCGCCGACUAAGAAGAAGGUCCCGGUCGACGUUAAGGAAGGCGAUCUCGUGCUCGCCAAAGUCAAGGGAUUCCAGCCAUGGCCCGCUAAGGUUACAAACGCACAGGAGGCUAAGCUGAAGCAUAACCCCAACAAGGUCUACGUAACCUUCUUCCCAUCCGGCCAAUUCCGCGCAUGUAAUCCCGCGGAUGUCACCCCCUUUUCCGCGGACGUGCGCGAGCAGCUGACUGCGCCGUCCGCCAAGCGCGUGUCCGCGGACUUCGCGACGGGGCUGGCGAUUCUGUGCGAGCUGGAGGACAGGCGGAAGGAGGGCGGGGCGGAGGGGGGGCAGGGGGAGGCGGCGACGCCGGCACAGGCGGUGGGGGGAAGAACGGCUGCUGCGGACGACGCUGCUGCAGCGGCGGAGCAGCCAGAUCAGGCUGUUGCUGCAGCAGCAGACUCUGCUGAUUUGAGAACGCCGCCCGAGCAUGCAGAGGGCUCAGGUGCGGCCGCUGCAGGUGCGCCGGAAAUAGCCCUGGCCGGCCCAGGCAGGGAGUCGAGCCAAGUCAUGGGGCAAGGGGAGGACGCGGCAGAUAGACAAGGGAGCACUCCAGGCAAGCGGCCCAUGGCGAACGGUGAGGCGGGAAGGUCAACGCCAGAGAAUCUGCUGGGAAACGGGGAGCGGGAGCUGGAGAGUGGGGAAGGAACGGAGGGGACGAACGAUGGGAAGGAGUUGAUGAUGCGAGGAGUGGAAGGUGGUGGGGGUAUUGUGAAGGACUUCCACGUUGUGGGCCCUGACAUUCUCAACUCCGCGUGGCGCAAGCGGAAACGGCUGGAGGAGCUGGGGGACGUUGGCGGGGCGGAGAGGAGGAGAGAUGCGGUGGGGGAUGGAGUGGUGGGGCAUGGGGCGGCUGGGGGGGACGUGGGGGAGAGAGGGGACGGGCGUGGGGGCCUGGCGGCGAGCGGAAUAGAAGCUGUUUUGAACGGUGGUAGGAAGGUAGGGGGUGGGGGGAAGGAUGGCGAGGAUGUGGAGGGGGGUGUUGGGGAGGGUGGUGCUAAAGUGGCUGAAGAGAAGGCGAGCGGAGAAGGGGGAAGAGAGUGUGAGGUGGAGGUUAAAAGAGGGGUUUUUUGGGGGGCUGGUGAGGCAGCGCAGGAGGGGAGAGAUAAGGAGGCGAAGCCCGUGCAGACGGUUGGCGUGAAAGCGAAUGGGGAAAAGGAAGAGCAGGGGGAGGAAGGGAAGUGCAAGUUUGAGGUGGAGGAGGACGGAGGGGGGCGUGUGGACUUGAAGCAGGAGGUUGGUGUGGCUGCAAGUAAGGGUGUUCAAGUGCAAGUGGAGGUGGAAGAGAUACGUGGUGCUGCGGCUGAAAGCAGCCAGAAAGAGAGUGUUGCAGGGCGUAACGAAGCGCCAUCUGCCCUGGCGACGGUGGUAGAAGUGAAAGUGUCCACGGAUGGAAGCGGAGGGAGCGCGAUGGCUGUGGGGGAAUCCGUGCAGGUGGUGAUUAAAGAAGCUGUAGAGAGCAAAAGGGAGGCUGCAAUAAAGGUUGUGGAGGAGAUUAAAAUGGAGGAGGCUGAUGUGAAGGAUGCUUCUGCGAAGGAGGAGGCGAGGGGCAGGGAGGAGAGGCCGAGGCUGGAGCAGCGGCCUGCGAUCGAGAUACUGGGGGCCGUGCGAGUGCAGGGGGCAGGCGGGUGGGUGAAAGCCUCUGCUACGGCUGCUGCUGUGGCGCCUGCUGGGGGAGGUGCUACUGGUGUCUCUGCUCGUGUGCCUGGCCAAGGGGUGGAGAAGCAGCCGCAGUCUAGGGCGGGAAAGGAGGAGGUGGAGAGGGAAGGGCGAGGAGAGGGAGGGAAGAGCGGCGUGCAGGCAGUAUUGCAGGGAGGGCAGAGAGGAGGAGUUGGGGAGAAGAGGGCGCUGAAAGGGCUUGAGGUGCUUCAGAGGGCGCAAGGCGUUCCCACCAGGGAGGCGGAGCGGACAGGGAAUGGGCCUGGCCGAGGGCUUGGGAGGGAGAGGGAGGGCAAGGGAGAGGGGCAGGGGAGCGGGAGGCAGAAGGCGAGAGAGGAUAAGGUGGGGAUGGAGGGGGUGAGGGAAGAAGGAUUGAGGGAAGGCGGGAGAGGCGUGGACAAGGGGACGAGGGAAGGGGAGAAGGGGCCUUUGUCAAGAGAAAAAGAGUUGCGGGAUGUGAGAGCCGAACGGGAGAGGAGAGAGGUGGAGAGAGAGAGGUGGGGGUUGAAGCGACCAGGGCAGGUGGCAGGGAGGGGCAAGGCCGAACCAAGGGGGGGUGACGUCACUGGUAGACAAGGGGCGGGUCCUGGGCAAUUAGGGGGGAAGAGUCCGUUAGGCGAGUCGGUCGUAGGCAUGAAGAGGAAGGCCCGGUGGGACGCUGCUGGAGCAGACACUGCCGAGGAGGGGAGAAGGCUGGGUAGAAAAGGGCCGCUCAAGGGCACUGGGACGGCAGCAGCAGCAGCAGCAACAGCAGGGGACGGUUCCAGGCCGGCAGGUGGUGGUGUGCGUUGUGCCGCAGGUGCAGCAGGUGCCGCAGGUGCAGCGGUUGCAGCCAUCCAGCGACCUAGUCCCAGGGCGUGGAGAGGCAGAGACUCAGAGGAGAUUUGGAAGGAGCUCGGGCAAAUGGUCCCGCUGGGCGAGGGGGAGGAGAAGGAAGGGGAAGCAGUGAGAGCGGUGCAGGUGGGAAUGAGUGUGGUGAAAGCAGGGGAGUCCGGGGGGGAGUAUGUCAAGGUUGAGCUGAGUGUGUGUGAGGGGGCGGUUCUAGGAGCAGGGGCCUUUAGGCGUGAAGUAAUGGGAGAUCUAAGGGUGUACAAGAGGAGAAAGGUGCAUGUGACGGGUCAGAGUGGGGGUAAUGAGGAGCAGGAUGAGCAGGCGCUGCAGAGACCGUUUGCAUACUGGAGUCGACGGUAUCAGCAGCUGCUGCUGGAGAAAGGGAUGCUGCAGCUCCUGCCUUCGAGUCAGAAAGCACUGCGCAGGGAGCAGGAACAGCAGCAGCAGGAGCAGCAGAGGAGGAACCAGAGGCGCAUGCAGAAGCAGCAGCAGUUGAGGGAGCAGGCGGAGAGGAAGGGGAAGGGGCAACCGCAGCAACAGCAGAAGCAGCAGGCAGCGAGUGUUUCUGGUGGCGGUGGCCCUUCGUCCUCUCUAACCGACUUGCUGCAGCAGUUGCAGCACACGCUAGAGGCGGAGAGGGGGCAGAUGGACGAGCAGACGAGAGAGGCUGCCAUGCGUGCUGCUGCUGCCGCCGCUGCUGCCGCUGCCGCUGCUGGUGCUGGUGGUGGCGGGAUUGCAUCCGCUGCUGCAUCCGCGCUAGCUGCUUCUUCUGGCUCAGGAACUGCAGGGGGAUCUAUGAGCCUUGUGUCCCCCAGGGGGGGUAAAGUGGCAGGCGGAGCAAAGGGGGGAAAGGCGCCUGGGGAGGCGGGUGGGAGUGGGGAGCAAGGAGCGGGAGUGAGGAGUGAUGUGCCGGUGCGAUCUAAGUUGUUCCGUGGGGGAUCGGGUGCAGGGGGUGGGGAGGGGGAUGAAGGGGAGAGUGCGAGGGGGAAGGGGGUGAGUGCAGAGAAGAAAGGGACGGGGCAGGAGGGGCGGAUGCAAGGGCUUGGAGGGUUCAAGAGCAGCAGUUUGCGGAGGGGGAUGGGGGAAGAAGGGGAUGGGCGGGAAGCGGGUAAAGGGGGGAGGAAGAAGGUGGUUGGGAAGGGGCUUGAAGGUUUGAAAGAUGCGAGGGGGGUAGGGAGUGGGGCAGGUGAGGGGGAAGGGGCUAUCAGCACUCGAACUAGAAAGAAGGGCCAUGGUGGUGGUGAUAGGAGCGGAACGCGUGGCGCGGAGGGGCGCGGGAAAGAGGAGGGUGACGAAGAGAGCAAGGAGGAGGUGGGAGAGGAGGAUGAGGAGGAGGAAGAAGAGGAUGGGGAGGAGGAGGAGGGGGAUUCGUCUGACGAUUCAGAUGACUCGGAAGUUUUGGAGGGGGGCAGAGGGCCGCAGCAGGCUGGAUGGAGGAGGAGAGUGGGGCAGUCAGCGGGGGCAGAGGCUCAGGGUCGAGCAUUGGAGCGCAAGUGGCCAAGGGAAGGGGAGAGGUCAAAGCCGCAGGCACUGCACGAGGCACCUCCCCCUUCUCGCCCAUUCAAAGCGACCUUCCCCAAGCCAACAGCCCCCCCUGCUGCCACUUCCGCCCCUAAACCCUCUGCUCCUUCCGCUGCUAUCCCGGGGCUUGGCGCAACAGCUGUGCCUGGGGCUGCUGCGGGCCUGCUAGCCCCUUCCCAACCGAGCAUGAGGGAUCUCCUCAAAACCGCUGCCAAUGCGAAGAAGGCUCAUCUUACCUCCGCCUCCUCCUCGGCUUUAGCCCCCCCUUUGGCCUUCCCUCCACCCAUUCUUCCCCCUGGUGUUCCGCCCCCUCCACCUGGUUUUGGCCCCCCACCACCCGGGUUCGCCCCAGCACCACUUCCAUUCCCCUCGUCACCUACCGCUGCCCCCUCUUCCGGGCCUGCUGCUGCCGCACCCCUUUUUCCACCCAUGCCUGCAGAUGGCCCCGCGUUCCCUCCCUUUGCUGUCCCCGCGCCCCGCACCUCCGACCCUGACCUUCCCCUCCCCCCUCGCCAAGAGCCCCCGCUUGCAGAAGCAGCCGGUGCAGCAGGCACGGGUGAUGCUGCAGGGACGGAACCGGCAGGGGGGCUGCCCCCUGGAUUCAGCGUGGGUUCGUUGAGGCGGGUGGGUGAUGCGGCAAGGGCAGUGGAUGGAUUGGGCGAGAGUGGUGGUGCUGCGGUGGCUGCUGGCGAGGGGAAGGAGGGAGAAGGGGCAGGAGGUGC